GACACACAGCAGAAGUCAUGAGAUGUUUCGAGUCCAAGUAGCGAACAGUCGCUUUAUUUUCUGUUUUCAGUCAUGUUUUUGCACGAAAUUGGAACGUUUUUGUUUUUCUUCGUAAUACAUUUUGGUCCUGUGGUUUGUGGAGCGGGACUUUCAGAUUCGGCGGUGAAGGCGGACUCCGGGGUUUUGUCUUUCCCUGGUGACGUGGAGAUCAGUCAGUACUGCAGCGACCUGCUCCGCAUUUUUGGACAGAGAUAUGCGGCUCAUGUCAACUGCUGCGUGUCCUCAGCUCGACCUGUCAAAGUCUGUCAGAACUGCUUUUCCACCUACGGCAGCCUGGUGGAGAUCUACACCAACAUCUCUACAAACCAAAUGGGUUCUGGUAAUGUCAGCUGCAGAGACACCCUCCUGCGCAGUGAUCGGCUGAUGCUGGUUCAUCUACUGUUCACCAACAUGCAGCAUAUAUGGUCCCUGUCAAACUGUGACAGCUGCAUCACUGCAGGAUUCCACAACCUAACCAAUGACACGGUGUACUUUAUUGCUACUCUCAACCAAACGCUCUCUUGCUUUGAGGUCUAUCAGGGUAACCAUUCGGAGCUGUGCACGCAGUGUAAGACGACGUACACGGGCCUCAAUGAGCUGUAUGGCAGAAUGGCGAAAAAUAAAAAGCUCUGCAUUGAUCUGGAGGAUUCGAUGAAUAUGACCCGCAAACUGUGGAGUAAGAACUUCAAUUGUUCCUUCUCUCGUGAGGAGACUGUUCCUGUCAUCGCCGUGUCCAGCUUCAUGCUCUUUCUGCCCAUCAUCUUCUACUUGAGCAGCUUCCUUCACUCUGAACAAAAGAAACGCAAGCUCAUACACCCCAAGCGAGUGAAGUCGUACAACAGUCUGGUGAACAUUCAGGACAAACUGGGCUGAAGAGAAGAUGAAGACAAGGUGAUGACUGAAAUGAAGGACAACACACAGCCAGUAUCAUCUCCACAUUUCCCCUCUUUUAUUAAAAAAUGACAACCUGGGAGAAACUUUGACGCCUCACUAGCUUGCGCUGUAGUUUGGAGAGAUGUCUACUGAUACAGGCAACUUUCUUGAGACCAUUUGGAAGAUGUCAGAGAACUAAAAACCUCUUGUUGUUGAAACUAUUAUUUUGGAACUCAACAUUUAUGUUUACAUACACUGAUCAUAGGUAUGAAUGUCAGUAUUGGGCUGUCAGUAAUGACUUCUUCAAACAAGAAUUUAGUGCAGAGGUUUUAAUUUAUUUUGAGUUUUCUGACAUCAUCUCCUGGCAUGUCUUGGACCUGAAGGCACAUCCUGAGUUAGAUAGUUGAAAUUUUGACACAGUUGGGUGUAACAACGUGAAAAUUACCCCAAACAUCAAAAUUGGUUUGGGAAUGGGUAAAACUUUUGGAAAGGCUUUCCCAAACUCCUGACCCCAGCCCUAUUAAAAAAAAAAAAAAAAAAUCUGUCCUUAAAAUUCAUAUCCAUGCCUGGAAGCCAACAAAUUUAUUUCAACUCUACUAAUCCUGUUAAGGAGAGGUCAAAUGUCCAACCAGAAUACUGCCAGAAGCCUGUUUUAGGUUUCUGCAAUCAUACUAAAUGCAUUCAACUUAAUAUUAGUUGUGCUGUAUGUAUUUUUUGAUCUUAUGCUGAUUUUAGAAAGCCCAAAAUAAAUGAGAACUUGUGCACCAAAUUAAUGCUCAUAUUUCCAAUUUUCAAGUUGUAUAUUGUAGAAUCAUUUUGCCUCCAGAAUUAGAACAUUUCGAUGAUCACUGUACAUUAUCAAGACAACUUUUAAAAGAUGCAGUCAGUACUGUUUAUACGUUAUUUAAAAAUAUAGUAACUGUAAUUAAAUAUUUUUUAUAGGUUUCAACGAAACAUACAGAAAAUAUGUUAACAUUUCCAUAUUGAUUGCAUCUGCCUGUUAUUUCUAUAAUUAAAGAUUAGAAUUAUUUUGUUAAACUUGCCAUACUUAAAAAAAAAAAAAAAAACUAAACAUAUUGAUCAUAUUGACCAUAUUUACGAUUUAA